UGCUAGCUAGGUGAACAUUGAACGAAACUUCCGCCAGUAUUUUUCUACCAUGGAAGAUCAAGUUAUUUCUGAGUUAGAAAGUGCCUCGCAAAUUGUUUUGGCACCUCCAACCAUCGUAACAUCAGAACAGAGACAUGCUGCAGAACAAGUUAUCCUGCAGUUCAGGAAAACAAAACUUCCAUAUAACCUUUGCAAACAUAUUCUAGAGAAAUGCAAGACAGACUAUGUCCUGUUUCAAGCAGCCACCACUAUUCAGGAAAGCCUUCUAAGGGAAUGGUCCAUUCUGUCCACAGAGGAUAUCGAGUCUUUGCGUGCAUUCUUACUACAAUACAUCACUCAACAUAUCAGCAUGCAGAGCUAUGUGCGGGAGCAGAUUCUACAGACUGUGGCAGUGCUUAUCAAGCGAGGUACACUGGAGAACAAGGGGGCCAAGCUUGACAGCCUGUUCCAGGACGUCACACAUCUAAUCGGCAGUGGAAACGUGACUAUGCAACUGGUAGCUUGUUCCAUGCUGACAGCCCUGCUGAACGAGUUCUCCAGCUCCAGUAGGACCAGCAGUGUGGGCUUCACCUGGGAGUUCCAUGCCAAGUGCAAGAGGGCCUUUGAGGACAGUGAUCUCCAGAGAGUGUUCCUCUUCUCACUGCAAAUGUUGAAUGAGAUUGAAAAGCAGGCGUCACCGUUGCCCAGGGAGACCACGGCCGUGCUCAACCGUUUCCUUGGCAUCACCGAGCAGGUUCUUUGCUGGGAAUUCUCAUCAAAAAUGAACCUAUUUCGUCGCAAUGUCGGCAUGUUUGAUACCAAUCAGAACGUGACCUUGAAACCCAGGGACAGCUGGAGGGACACGCUUCUGGACGCAUCCCUCACACACCUCAUCUUCAGGAUCCACCAAAAGGUUCGCCACAACUCGGAGAUGGCCACCCAUUCCAUCCAAUGUCUCACACAACUGGCCUCUCUCAAUGGUCCUGUGUUCCUGGAUGACAGGGCUCGAACCCAGUACCUCACUGUGUACAUCGAGACACUGUUACAGUUCCUAGGGAGUGUAGAUCUACAGGACUAUGAGUGCCUGGGUAUCGCCAGCGUGUUCAAGAACAUCGUGAUGAUGUUCCCCUCCCUGUGCCUCUCCUCCCUACCAGCCCCUCUCUUCACGAGGUUCAUGGAGCAGCUCAAAACACUCACCUGUGCUUUCGGGAGGGAGGCUGCAUUAGAAGAAGAGUUGCACAAGGAGGACAUGUUGCACAUGGAGGCCUAUGAGAAGCUGCUGGAGACGUGGAUGGAGCUGCUGACUGCCAAGAAAGACAAUCUGCCAAACGACGUGAUCCAGGAGCAGGCGCGCCAUGUGUUCAACUCAUAUGUGCAGUGUCACAUCAGUCCACCAGAUGGCUGCAGGAUUCAGACAGUUGAUGAGAACAUCCCAGACUGUGAUGACAUAGACGAAAUAGAGGAGGAUGACAGAGACAAGUUUGCAGACCAGCUGUGUUGUGUGGGGGCCCUGGGCAGACUGACUGUAGAUAGCAGCCUCAGUAUCAUAGCCAGAGCCCUGGAGGACCGUGUGACCCGUCUCCAUGGGCAGCUACAGAGGAUCCAUCAGAUGCGAGUGGCCACCGGCAGUCUCAACUGCAGCUUUGACAACUCCAUCAUCAACAUGAUCAAUGAGGACAUACACUGGCUUGUACUGGUUACUGCCCAUGUGUUGACGGAGGAGGCGCAGGGUGAGACCCCUAUGAUUCCCGGGGAGAUUAUGCGCUACUCCAUCCAGCAGUCCACCGAGAUAGAUCUCAACACCACCCUCAAGGUGCUCGCCUCCCCCACCAACAACAUCGACACCAUCCCUGGGGCCUCUACACACACAGACCAUGCCAUCAGGUUGAUAUCGGCCGUGUUUAGACUGUGUGAGGUGCACAAGCAGUCUGUGACAGCCAAGAUGGUGGACACAAUGUCGCCCCAGGUGACCAGCUCCGUCAUGUGGUUGCUACGGCGAUGGUCAAGGUCAUACCUGCUGCCAGAUGAGAACUUCUAUAACCAAAUGAGUAAAGCGAUAUGUGCGGGUUUUGGGCGUGACACAGACGGCGCCCAGUGGAGCGUUCAGUUCCUGCUGGACAAGAUCCUGGUGUACCUGGCGGCGUGGAACGCUGAGGAGAAGACAUUACAGGACAUCCUGCAGCUCCUGGUCACCAUGGUCGACAACAGGACCAGAGCUGUAUUUAUCAUGAAGUGCCCGACUAUGCAGGAACUGGUUAGGCAAGUGGCUGACAACCGGUCCCCGUUCUGCCUGCUGCCGGCGUCUGCACUGCGCCUCGUGUACAAGGCCCUUGUCCUGGCAGGAACCGGUAUAGCUGAGAACAAUGCUGCAGAGUACUGGCAGCUGGUACUGAAGCGUCUUGAGGACAGGUUCUACCUGCACAUAAGGGUUCCUCACUUCACAAAGAGCUGCCAGUCCCCAGAGACCAAGGAGGAGAUAAUCAAGCUCCUAGAGAGCCUGUGCGGGGUCGCCAAGGGGUCAAGGGUCACCAACAUUGACAAGAUCUUUGACUUCUUGCUGCCCUUGAUGCUACACAGUGUCAGCUUGCUGGACCUUUACCACAAUAACGAGGAUGUGGUGCCCCUUAUCCUGGAGAUGUUGUCAGAGGUAGUACAGCGACAGCUCUGCUUCCUCAACGAGAAACGCUCCAAUCAGCUGUAUGAAGUCUGCCUCUCUGCAAUACAGACGUACUCCAAACACAACAGUGGCAAGCGUGUCAAGGACGCAAGUGAGGAGGAGGAGGAUCGCUACAAUGACAUCCUGCUCGUCAUGGAGAUGCUCACUAACCUACUCUCCAAGGACUUUGUGGACUUUGGUGACAAAGAUGAGAACAUUCCUUCCCCCCAAGCUGUGUCCCCUAUUGAUGUGGUGUUGUACGGGCUCAACACAGUUAUCCCUCUUAUGACAGAAGAUCUGCUAAGGUUCCCCAACCUGUGCUCCCAGUACUUCAAGUUGAUAACGUUCCUGACAGAGAUACAUCCUGACAAGUUUACCUCCCUUCCUGAAGAACUCUUCAAAAGCAUCAUGGUUUCCCUGGAGAUGGGUCUGGUCUCCUAUGGGUCAGAGAUUACUAAGAUGUCACUAGACUGCAUCUACUCCCUGGGAUCCUAUGUGUUUGAGAACAAUCUGGUCGGAUCGCUCAUACACGACACACUCAAACAUUUCCUAAAGGUUGUGUUCAGAAUGCUGCUCCUUGAUGACUUCAACCUUGACCUCUUGGACACCGCAAGCUCUGCCCUCUUCUGCCUCAUCUGUUGCCAUACCGACCAAUACCAGCACCUGGUGCACGAGAUCCUUGAGUCACACAUCAAUCAAGCAUACAAGUCCCGACUCCUGGAGGCAUUCAACAACUUGACUCCGCCCACCCUGGCUCUGACUGUCAAUAGGCAUAACAAGUUGAUAUUUAUGGAGAAUUUCAAUAGUUUCUUAAUCAAUGUUAGGGGAUUCCUGUGUGUAAGAUGAUGCUACGCAAAAACAGUGCGUUGUGAUUUUUUUCUGAGAAAAAUUCUCGUUAUUUGUGCUGCAGCUUUCUGCUUAGUUUAAUUACCUAUAUUUUUCUAACAUUAUUAUUUAAAUUAUUUAAACUCUUGAUAUUUUAGUUACCAACUGGUUAUGAAAAACUAAGGUAAAUCUUGUGAGCAAUUUAAUAAAAAACUAAAGAAACUAGAUGUUAACAUAUUUUUCUACUGAAUCUUCUGAUUGUAAUACAAUGCUAAGGUUCAAAUGCUGGAAUGUUGUUUUAUACAAUUUUGCACAGUGGUAUUUUUGUCUUUGUUUCCUAACUGAUGGGCACUGCAAUUUGAAAUAUAUAACCUUUAAAUUUGUAAUAUUCAGCAUAAUAAAGAAAUAGAGAUUAACAUAUCUUUUUCAAAGUGAAAAUUUACCAAAUAAUUGGCAUUGCACAACCUGUGAAGCAAAUGUUAAUAAGAAAUAUUUCCUUAAUUCCAAAAUAUAGGGAUGACUGAAUCUAUAUGAAUUAGUGAAACUUUAAGAAAUAUGGAUAAUAAAAUCUUGCAUUUUGAGUCAUUCAACAUUACUGGGUUGACAAUUAUGCCUGUCAAGAAGUUGGUGCUUUAUAUUUACCCAAUUUGUGUUUACUUGAUGACAUAGGGUUUAUUCUGUUUCUCUUGUAUGUCUCUCUGAAUGCUAAUAAUUAAAUGUUACCCAAUUAAAGUGUUAACCUUUGCUAAAUCCUAUGCAAAAUACAUAUACAGUAUUUGCCAUCUCAAUAUUGUACAGCGUUUAUUUUCUUGUCUCUGAUUUUGUUCAGGUAACGAAUCAAAUGUUUCCUUUGACACUGUUUUUGUAUCGGUUGUUUCAUAUUUGUAUUUUAUUAACAGGAUUACCAGGGUUUUGCUCUGGGAUUUAUUGUUAAUAUGCUUUUAAAGUCAAUGUUCUAUAUUAAAGACAUCUAUUGAUUUCUAGUGCAGGAAUAUUUUAUUUCUAUAUCUUUUUUUAUUACAGUUGUAUAUUCUUGGUAAAAUAUAUGAACAUUUUGUGUCCCAUUAGUAUGCAUCUUUUUAUAAGAAAUAUCUAAAAUUAAAAUAAACAUUUAUAAUUAAAUUGGUGCUUCAUACCAUUCAGCUUCAAUAUUUGUUGUUCCAUACAACCUGGAAACCAUGAUUAUUUACCAGACUUAAAUUGUCUUGAAUUUAAUUAUUCUACUCAAGCAAGUUAGCGAAUGUUCAAGUAACGUUUACAUACAUAGUCUAUUUUCAGGCAUGAUAAAAAAAUCCAUGAAUUUAACAACAAACAAAUAUGACCAAAUUUAGAUUGCAUGUCAACGAAAUUUAAUGAAUAAAUCUUAUAUACAGUAUCAAGUUUUCAUUUUAAAAAUUCUAUAUGUAGUGUUCUUAUUAAGAAAUUUCUAGUGUCUGUUACUGGGAAACCAAUAUUAUUUUUUUAAAUCCAAUUAAAGAUCCAACGAAUAUGUUAUAACUUGCCCAAUUGUACAAGGAAAGUUUAUGCCUACGUAAUUAAAUGAAUCUGCAGUUCAUACAAAAUAACAUGAUAAAGCUGCAGUGAUUUAUGCAAUAAGUUUAUGUGUAGCACAUAUCAACAUUUUAAAUGUUGAUGAUGCUUUAUGGUUCCUUGGUAAUAUUUGUUGCUGAAUCAUUUGACUCUUUCAUUAAGUUACAAUUAAUCACAACUUUUAUAAUUAUCUUUUUAACAUUUCUAGUAAAAAAGAAAUGUUGGUUUGUCAAUUCCAUUAUCUAGAAAACAGAAACAUUGGCUUGCGAAUUCCAUUACUUACAGGAUUUUUAAACAAAUGACAUGAAUUUGUUUAAAAACAACAAACCAUUUUUGUAUGUUCCAAUAUCAUUAUUAGACUAUCCUUUGUUUUAUUUAUAGAAAAAUAUAUAUUGUUUGAUAUCAUAAACAUAUCCUUUUGUACAAUAUUUAUGCAAUUAUCCUUUGGCCAUGGUAAUAUUAUUAAUGGGACUUUUUUGCAGUUUGGCAAAAUGAAAUUUUUCACAAAAGCUGUCAUAGAUUUUACAAAGAAUGUAAACGUGGCAUUCAAACAACCAAAAGAAUACUCUUGACUAAGCAAUUGAAUCUUUGUAAAUGGAUAAUUUUGCAUACAUUGGUAAAAUGAAAUAGCGUUUGUAAAGAUUUUCAUUAAUAACUUGGAAAAAAGUCUACUACAUGUACUAACUUAGCUUCUAAUAUACAUAGUUAUUAUCAAAACCCUAUAUUGUUCAGUAAUAGCACAAACGAUUUUUAUUCCAACUGUCCCAGGCUUAAAUCCCAGUGAAGGGAUUUUUUAUUAAAGGUGUUUUUUUCUUGGUAUUAUAAAUAUUUCACACUCCUCCUAAUUCUUAUAUUGUACAUUUGAAAGUGAAUUCAUGUUAAGACAUAAAUAUGAAUAUCUCUGAACAUGUCUCUUUAAAAUGUCCUCCGUUGUUUAGAUUGAUUGGUAUGCUAAAAUAAAACCUAAAAUGGGACAAGUAUUGCAAAACAAUUACAGACAGAUCAAACUGUAUAAAUUAUGUUUUUGAUAUGUUUGCCUUUUCUAUGACUUCAAUUAUUGAUGAAACAUAUUUGCCAGAUACUCAAAUGUUAUAUUAUUGUUUGCUAAUAGUUGCUUUUCCCCUUUAAGAAGUAACAUGUUUGUUUUAGGACAUGUUUGUGUUUGUUAAGCAAAUAAAUGCAAUUGAAAGUUUCAA